GCGGGUCUGCCCCCCCCAUCUCCAUUGCCACAGUCGCCACAGGUGGUGUACUACAAAGACAAUUCAUUUUAUAUUCUUGACAUUGCCGCGGAAUUCUACUGGGCGGUUGUUGUGUUCUUGACAUUGGAAUUUGGAAGGAUGGGUACAUUGCAUGAACAACUAGAUGAAGCUUUUGGUGAGAUUGAGAGGCUCAAGACAGAGAACAAAAAGAAAUCCGAAUCAUGCCAGGGCUUCAUGAGAGCUUAUAAUGAGCAAUUACUCAAGACUCAGUCUGCGAAUUCAGAACUGGCGAAGCUCACACUGGAGUUGAACACGAAAGAAGCCGAACUGUUGCUUUCAAACCAGAGGUGUGAAGAGCUUGAAUCAAAUCUGAAAGAGAAAGAAUCUGCCAUCAGAUGUCUGAGUUCAGCAAACGAUAUGGUUCGUGCUGAUUCUGCCCAGAAGCUCAAGAAACUUGAAGAAGACAACAGAAGCAUGUCAAUGGCUUUAGAUGAGGCAAGUGCGAGAAACAUGGAUCAAGAACGAAAGAUUGAAUCUUUCAGAAGUGAAAUGGAAAGGCUGCGGGAAUUUGUAGUGGCUUCUUCUCAGAAAACGUCUUCUCAAGUAAAGAAAGGAGAAAAGGCAUCCGAAGAACUGAGACAGCAGAAUGAUGAUGUGAUGUUGAAGGUAGAGGAGGUGAAUAGGAAGCUGGAAGAUCAGCUCAAAUGGAAGAAAGAACAGUAUGAUCACCUCGUAGAGGCCCAUGAGAGGAUAAUGAAGCAAUUCCACCAGAGGGAGAAGGACUGGGAUGAGGAGAAAGACACAUUGUGUGAUAAAAUCUCAACUUUGCAGAUGAACUUCGAAUCCCAAACAAGACAUUCAGAAGAUCUUCAAAGCAGACUCCAGUUGUGCAAUCAGGCUCUGGUUCAUGAAGAGAGCAAGAGGAAAUCUCUUGAAGUUCAACUUUCAGAAUCCAAAGCCUUCUUUGACAAUGUUUCUGCAGAAUACGAGGAAGCCAAGGCGAAAUUCGAGAAUUUGAGCAAUCAAAGGGAUAACGAUAUAAGAAAUCUAAGAGAAGUGUUACGUACAAAGGAAACAACGUACAAGGAGAUGGAAUACCAAUUCAGAAAGGUAGAGCAAGAGAACCGAGAAUUGAUGGCAUCUAUCAAAGAACUCCAAGAAGCUGGGAUCAAAGAAGCCGGGAAUUUUUCAUCGUCAAAGCUCAGAAACAAGCUCAAGAGUUUGGAACAGAUUCAUAGAGAGUGCUCAACACAUCUCAAAAGCAAAGAAUCCGAAUGGGCUUCUAUGUUGGAGAACAAAGACAAAUCAAUAACCAAUCUGCAGAAGGAGUUGCAGGAUUCUCAUUCGUACCUGACUUUGGUUGAAGAACAGAAGAUUCAAUCCCAGAUAGAGGCUCACGUACUCCAGGAAACACUCAAUGAAGCAUUGGAGCAGUUGGAGAGGACAAAAAGUGAGCUGGAAGAAGCAAACAAAGAGCUUGAGGACAACUUCUACCAGUCAAAGGAGGUCGAAUUUGAAUUGCAGUUAUGGAGGUGUUUAGCUGAGCGGUUAGAAGCCAGCCUGGAAGAGAACCAUCAAAUGCGCAGAGAAGUGGAAGCCUCGCUGUUUGAGCAGGUGGAUUUUGAGUAUGAAUUGAGAAGGGACAAAGACCGCCUUGUCCAGAUUCUAGCUCAGAAAGAAGAAGAGUUAAAUGAACUGAAGGAGAAAAUCCCUUUGCAGCAGAAGAACGAGAACAAGAAAAGGGCAUUUCAGGAAACGCUAGAGCUGUUUGAAGAAGAGUGGCUGAGAAAAGAAGUUGAGAGAGCCAUCUUAACACAAAUAGAAGCAGACAGAAACCAUAAGAAUCUGCAGCACAGAUUAGAUUACCUCCAGAAACUUGUGAUGUCUCUGGAACUGGAAUUUGAAGAUUCAACCAGCAGCUUCUCGAGCAGACUUUUGGAGGUUCUGGAAAAGACCAUGAUCAAAGACAAAACAACCACGGCCGGUUCGGAGCUUGAAAACAAGUUCAAUGUCCUUCACAAGAACGUCGAGCAGCUGAACGCAUAUGUCAGCAACAUGACAUCAGAGUUUGUGGGACUUUCAGACAGGAUGAGCCAAAUGUGUAUGGAAGAUGUGCAGCUGAGUAAAAAACUGGGAAGAAUGUUACGGAACAGCAGCAAUGGGAAUUUCGAUGAUCCCAUAAAAGAGAACUCUCAGAACAACACAUGCCAUUCUCCUACUAGUAAUAAGAUUCUUGAAGCUGCUGCCAUUGUUGAAGAUAGAUUGCCACUGAGACCCCUCAACAGCUAAUUGACUUGGCAUGAACUUUGUUCUUAUCAUCAUCAUUUUAUAAAUAAAAGGGAAGAGCUUUGUGUCAUUCAUUUAUUUACACUAGUAAUAGUAAAAGUAGUUAGUAACU